GAAUGAAAUAAAAAUAAAACAGCAUAAUGGCCUAUAACAGAAGAAGUAUGCCAAAUUAAAAUAUUCUACUUUUAGUAACUUUUCGUUAUGUACUUGGAGAUAUUUUAGAGUUAAAAGAGUGUCGUCCUCCUCAGUCAAAGCUAUGCAAGCGAAAAAGCUGAACAAAGAAAGUGGACUAUGAAUACGCAAGCCUUAAUAAAAAAGGGAACAAUUAAAAGCAUUUGUAAAAGAGAUUAACAAUUUGCAUGCUCUUCCUUUCUGUUAACUUAUGUGCCCUAUUUCUCUCGAUCUUCAGUUACCAUGGAAUGCACUAUUCAAAAUACUUGGAGACAAAUCUUUUGUAUUGUAAUGUGAAUAUUGUAAAGAACUUUUUUUCUUUCCCUUUAUAUUGUUUAUUGCAUAUAAAAUUAUCACUUCUUUAGCAGACUUGGAAACUGUUGGUAGCAUUGCAUAGAUUUAUCUGUUCAAUCACACUUUUUGUAAUAGAGUACUUAUUACCCGGAAACCCAAAGGAAACCACCAACUACUAGUCACUUUGAAAAUGAAUGCCCCCGAAAAAUUGACUCAGAAAGCCUCACAAAAUGUGAUGAAGCGCUUUGGCGUAUGGCUUAAAAGUCCCGACUUUCGUAGAUACUUGAUGAGUACCCACUUUUGGGGACCUCUAUCAAACUUUGGUAUACCUAUUGCUGCCAUUUUGGAUUUGAAAAAGGACCCUCAAUUGAUUUCUGGACAGAUGACUUCUGCCCUUGUUGCCUAUUCCGCAGUAUUUAUGCGUUAUGCUUGGAUGGUUAGCCCUAGAAAUUAUCUUUUGUUGGGCUGUCACGCUUUUAACUGUACCGUACAAAGUGUCCAAGGUCUCCGAUUUGUUAACUUUUGGUAUGGAUAUGAUGACCAACGCUCUGCCUUUGAAAAUGUAAUGAAGGCUGCUAAGCAAGAAAAGCCUUCUAGAGAAUAAAAUAUACAAACCAACCAUCUUUUGCAUUUCUUUAUUUGAUGCACCUUUACUUAAUGGUAUUUACUACUUUCUAGGAUAAAUUUGUAUUGCUAGGAUUGAACCCGCUUAAUCUGGUACUACAAUUUUGCUACGUUAACAGAAAUGAGUCAUAGUGUAUAUUUUCUAUGAAAUCUGGAAUAAUUUCAGGAUACUCCCCUUCUUUUCUUUGUCGUGCUCUUCUAGAUUACGAAUUGACAGCUAUCUAAAACUGCAUAUUCAUUUUUAAUCUCAAAAAUCACAUUUUGGUUUCAAUCUCAAGCAUUCGUACAUUACUUCCAUCAAAUCUAAAAUAAAUAUAUAGAAUGGGUUCCGUUAUCAUCACUAAAUUGUAGUGAAAAUAUUUACAUUAUUAUACAGAUAAAUACCAUUAUCCGGUCGUCGGAUUAUUCCAAAAGGAAAAUUAUAAUACUGCUGAAUAUUAGAAAUUAGAUUAGUUGAUUAAUAGGAAUGAAUCUGAAAUGAGAGUUCCUUUAAAACAUGAGAAUAUAGUUCAUAAUAGCAAAGAGCUUAGCUCUCGUAGCAAAAAAAAAAAAGAGGCAAAAAGUAUCAAAGAAAGAAAAAGUUAAUCACAUAGAUAUGAGGUUAGGAAAUUUAAAUUAUCAUAAGAGAAAUGAAAGGAAUAUUAUACGCAGACGCCAAAACCUUGAAGUUCCACUUUUACUUUAUCAAAAAAGGCUUCGUUUUGGUAGUUUCCACAGGUCAUUUCUGGAUAUUUACGAAUGGCAGUUUGCAGGUCUGCCAACAGGAAUUCUAAACGGAGAAGCAAGAUAGAAGGAUCAUCAAUAGAUCCACUAUUCAGUGAUUUCCAUGUGUUCUCCAAACGAUCAAUAUCUUCUCCUUGCACAACUUGACCAACGGACUUUAGUUCUGAAUUUUUAAGUAAUUCUUUUAGAACGGAGAAGUUUUUUUCAAUGUCAGAGCUUGAGAAGCUUAGUGAAUCUUCAUCGUCGCUAUCCAUGGAAAACCAAUCAAUGCUAUUAUGGUCUUCACUCUUAUCGGUCAUUAAUUUUUGUUUGUACGUAUCCAAAUCCUUCUGAGCUGUGCAGGAUAUGGAAGAAGCACUAUCGGGAAAGCUGUACUUUGUACAAGUAGAAGACUCCGAAUACGAAGACUUGCUAUCAUCAUUGAUCACAGUCAUGGAUAACGGCGACUGCAUAGCGUCGGUAUAGAAAUCAUCAAUCGAAUCUUCCUCUUGCCUACCAUCUUUGUAAACGAUGUCAAUAGCACCAGGUGAGCUAUGCAUCAAACUUUUAGUAGUGACUACUCGAUGGAUAUGCUGCUUCUCACGGCAUGAGAUAUAAUGACCUGGGCAAUAUAGCAAUCGAAACAACUUGUGCAAAAUAGAAUCGCGUUUGCGGAGAUUAGAAAAGGGUGCUUUUGCUAAUAGAUUAUACAAUUGUGCACGAAGGCCUUCAAGUUUGGAAUACUUGUCCAUUUCAAAAGACUCAAGCUUUGUAUGUUCCGUGGAGACUGAAAAGCUUGUAGCUUGUGCAUGAUCACGCUUGGCUUGUAUGGUAGGGCGAUUGUAAGAAACUUUUGAGAUUUGAGUCAUACUUGUAAAACGAGCUGAAAUAGACAAACAGUUGAAAAUGAAUUGAACACCAAAAAAGAAGUGUGAGAAUAGGCAAAAAAUGAAUAUAUUUGAGCAGGACCAAGAAAUAUUGAUGCCAGAAUGAGAGAGAAUUCACGGAAUAUAUAGAAAACAUGGAUAAAUCUAGUCAUUGAAUGAUCAUAAACUGGGACCAAAA